GCGAGCAGCGCGAGGCCACCGGCCAGGGGUUACUUGGGAGCGGGGAGGGCUGCAGGCGGCUCACGGCCGAGGUUUAGCGGCCUACCCUCUACGCUGCGUGAGAGCCGGCGGCCGGUGGCGGAGCCACCCCAGGUCCUGGGCGCAGGCAGAUGUGGGCCCCGGGUCCUGUGUUCCAGAGAGUUGCCUUCCACCGAGACCUACAGUUGAGUGGGCAAACAUGAAGUCCAGCCCCAGCAUCCAGGCUGCCAUCGACCUCACAGCCGGGGCCGCAGGGGGUACAGCGUGUGUACUGACUGGGCAGCCCUUUGACACAAUGAAAGUGAAGAUGCAGACAUUCCCUGGCCUGUACACGGGCCUCAGAGACUGCUUCCGAAAGACAUACAACCAAGUGGGUAUCCGGGGCUUCUACAGGGGAACCUGCCCAGCACUGAUGGCCCAAGUUUCCCAGAGCUCUGUCCUCUUCAUGUGCUACGGCUUUAGUCAACAGUUUGUUCGAAAAAUGGUUGGCUUGGACAAGCAGGCAGAACUGAAUGAUCUGCAGACUGCAACUGCCGGUUCCUUUGCCUCUGCGAUUGCUGCCCUGGUCCUUUGCCCCACUGAGCUUGUGAAGUGCCGGCUGCAGACCAUGUAUGAAAUGGAGUUGUCAGGAAAGAUAGUAAAAAGCCAUAACACAAUUUGGUCUGUCGUGAAGAGUAUCCUUAAGAAGGAUGGUGUCUUAGGUUUAUACCAUGGUCUCUCAAGCACUCUACUUCAGGAAGUAAUGGGCUAUUUCUUCUUCUUCGGUGGGUAUGAACUGAGCAGAUCUUUUUUUGCAUCAGGGAGACCAAAGAAUGAACUAGGCCCUGUCCCUUUGAUGUUAAGUGGUGGAGUUGCUGGAAUCUGCCUCUGGCUUGUUGUAUUCCCAGUGGAUUGUAUUAAAUCCAGAAUUCAGGUUCUUUCCAUGUAUGGAAAACAGGCAGGAUUUAUUGGAACCUUGUUAAAUAUCGUGAGAAACGAGGGAGUACUAGCCUUAUAUUCAGGACUGAAAGCUACCAUGAUUCGAGCAUUCCCUUCCAAUGGUGCACUAUUUUUGGCCUAUGAAUACAGCAGGAAAACCAUGAUGAGCAACUUCGAAGCAUAAUGAAAUGUCUUGGUGAACCUGGAUCCUAGUAUAUGAAUUUGGGAACUGCCAUUCUUCUUAGGGUUUUUUUCAGACUAUAAGACUGACAUGAAAUUGUUUUUGACUGUGUGGGAAUUUUGGUUUUGUCUUCUCUUUCUCUACUCUAAAUCUUAAGUAUUAUGAAAGGAUCUCUAUUUUAAACAACAUGAUUUCUGCCCACAAUUGUAUUAAAAUAGAAAAGUUGCUGCUCUUGCCCUUGGUGGGAUAUACAGGCUGAGCCCUUAGCUUUAUGUACCUCAUCUGAAAGACUAAGUAUACUUUCAUCAGGAUGUUUGCAUAAACCUGUUUAUGUAUACAUACA